CUUUAGCGGACUACCGCAAAAAUCUUGUAAACACUCUGGGCAAAAAAAACACACACAAACACACACUCUCUUCAGGGUUUGCCGCUAUUCAUUCUUCCUCUCAAUUCUCACUCCGGCUUUCUGUAUCUGAAGGUUAUAUAGCAAGCGUGCACUUGCAAGUUGCAACCAUGUUCAUUUCAAAGUUCUCUCAGCUAGGAGCUCGGGUAGUCAAGCAUCUGACAAGAGAGCCCUCGGUAUCUGUAUUAAGAUCACCAUAUCUGUACGCUGUCCGACAUCGGAAUUUGCAAUCCCUGAUGCAUGAACGAUUCUUUUCCACAGCUGAUAAAGGUGAGGAGGAAGGGUGUAAAGAAAAUCAAAAAAUUUCUGUGACAUUUGUUGGCGAUGGAGGAGAGGAGACGACCAUCAAGGUCCCUGUUGGCAUGUCUAUGUUAGAAGCUGCCCAUGAAAAUGACAUAGAGCUUGAAGGAGCUUGUGAAGGAUCGCUAGCUUGUUCCACUUGUCAUGUAAUUGUGAUGGAUAUGGAGUACUACAACAAAUUAGAAGAUCCGACUGACGAGGAGAAUGACAUGCUAGACCUGGCUUUUGGUCUCACAGAAACGUCUCGACUGGGUUGUCAAGUCAUUGCAAGUCCUGAACUUGAUGGACUUCGUUUAGCACUGCCUGCUGCAACACGAAAUUUUGCUGUUGAUGGAUAUAAACCAAAACCGCACUAAAGGUUUACUGGAAAGAGAGCCUUUAGCUAUUGAUGACAGUCGAGGGCGUGAGUUUGCCAAUUUUGUAGCAGUCCCAUUACUUACAGAUUUAAGGGUCAUGUAUGUUAAAGCUGCGGAUGCCGAACCACAAAUUUAUAAAUUAACUGGAAUAUGUUCUUGGUUUUUAAUUCAUAUACAGGUGGAGCUUGUAUGUAUUUGGGUACACCAAUCUACGUCCUGCCUUAAAGGCCUAUUCAAUCGUUCUCGACAACUGCGAUGUAAUAAUUCAGCUAGUAGUAAAAUAAUUCACACUUGUUCUUGUGACAAAAUAGCCAGAAUUCGGUUAUUGUUAUCUUUAUUCUUGUUUUUGAAGUCACAAGGAUCAUGUUUUGACCCAA